GGGCGUGUUUUGCUAAUUGAGCGCUUCCAGGCCAAGCAACAGUCGUCUUUUCACCACUCGGCUGACUAAUGUUGAACCUAAAGUAGACAUGGAUUUCGACGCUUUAUUUAACGAAAAGACUUUUCAGUUUUCGGACUUCCAGGAGUUCACGUUUCUUCCUGGACACCAGAAGUUGUCCGAGAGAGUGAGAAAGCGACUGUAUUAUGGCCUGGAUAAAGACGUCUCUCUAGAUGCCCUCUCUUGCCCCGUUACAGAUAUUGCCGUCGAAAUCUUCCAAAAGUCUGCACCGAGCCCAAUACGAAAACUCCACAAGAAGUAUGCCGCUCAUGUUGCCAGGGAGGCUUGCAUCUCUCCAUGUGCCAUGAUGCUGGCUCUAGUUUACAUAGAAAGGCUCCGACAUAGAAACCCUGAAUACCUACAAAAGAUCUCCUCCUCUGACCUCUUCCUGAUCUCCAUGAUGGUUGCCAGCAAGUACCUGUAUGAUGAAGGGGAGGAAGAAGAGGUUUUCAACGAUGAGUGGGGAGCAGCUGGAAAACUGGAUGUCCAAACUGUUAAUAACCUGGAGAUGAGUUUCUUGAACGCUAUUGAGUGGAGCCUCUUCACAGAGCCAAAUGACUUCUUCGAUAUGCUGAAACAGCUGGAAAGCAGCAUAGCGGAGCGGCAGGGGAUGAAACGGGGCUGGUUCACCUACACUGACCUCUGUGUGCUGCUGGAGCAGGCAGCAUGGAGCAAUGCCCUUACAGCCAUCUACCAGCACUUUACCAAGGUAUCCUGUAUGCUCGGGCUCGUCUAUCUGACCAGUGUGGCUGGCCUUAUUGCCACCAGCGCUGUGAUGCACCAGCUCAGUCUCUCCAGGACCGGCCACUCCUUGAUUCCACCUCCAGCUGAUAUCAGCCCAGCCCAACUUCAGACCUCCAACCUAAACCCACAAGCUCCUACUGCAGCCCAUCGUGUCCCCUGUUGCGUUCUGGCUAAUAAGAGUCUGAACCGUCAGACCGGUGCGCUCGGAAUCGGCCCGGACCACAGACAAAAUCCUCCAUCAGCUUCCUCACAGACAUCCAUAUUGUGUCUUUGGGGCUCCCUUCUUGCCUCUAUGGGUCACAUACAUCCUGAAACAAAAUCUGAGAUGGAAAGUCCCCAAACCUGGUCUACUGCCUCUUUCUUCUGUCCCGGCUGUCUUGCAUCCUUCCCUCCACUUCAGUGCGGGCUUAGAAACACCUCAACCCCCUUUGUUCAUGGGCCCCUUGGUAACAAUCAGCAUCAUGCACCAUGGCUGUCCUCCAGCCUCUUUGAAGGCGCAGACAGGAGUCUGAACUCUCGCCUGGGGGUAUUUCCCCCUGUAAAGCUGGGACCCUGCCAUCCAGAGUCUCUGUUACCUGUCGACAAAACCCAAGCUUUGCUCAUGCCCGGCUAGAGACGGGCAAACUCCACUGCUGCCAACCUGUAGUGAUGAACUCUGGAAAUUAAACCAGCAUUGUUUUCACAACAUCAUGUUAUGUUUUGUUUCGUUUUCCAGAUCUUGAAUACAGGUGCAAAGGCAGGAGUGGUUCAUUUCAGACAUGGUGAGAGUCUGAAAAUACAGGCACAGGGUGGAAAUUUACUUUAGUUCACAGUUGCAGAAUACAUUUGCCAUAAGUAAGUUGCCAUAGCGUUCAGUUAAUGCUCUGCAACAUGCUUUUACUGCAGAGACGAUCACAAGUCAUUUGAAGAUAAUUUGAUAUGUUUUCCUUGGCUGCAAUCAAACAGUUUUUCUACCCACAUCUGUUAUUGUUUGAAAGUUCAGACCUUUGGAAUGGUGAUGUAGGGCCUUUGAGAUUAGUGCGUUCUGAGUUCUUGUAUUACAGUUGUAAUAUUAAAGCUAUUUGCUACUUGGCAGGUUGAUGAAGGUGUGUGGAGGUUUCACAGUUUAACUGAAAGUUGGGAUUUUUUUAAAUGAUGGAGCUCUGUAAGAAGAAGGGACUUAACCAGUUUACUUUGUCUAAGAUUGCUUAUCCAUAUUAGCUUUUGUUACCACACUUUUUCAUAUAUGCAUGCAGGUUUACAUCAGAAACUGGUCACGUAUGCUGCAAGUACUGAUGGUGUACACCAGAUAGUUUCUUUCUAUAUGAAGAACGAAUUGUCUCUUGUCCUUGUAAACUUUCCCCUUUUUAUUUAGGAGAAAGCCUCAAAGGAAGGACACAUAAAGUAGAUAAUUCUCCAUACCUCAGUGAAACUGUGAUUGGCCAAUGUGAAUCAGAAAAUCGACUCUGACUCUGGCCAAUUAUAAGUAACAUUCAAUUGUCAUUUUCUUUUUGUACUCAAUUCAUUUUUUUAUGUGACAACAGGAAGACACAUAACCUUAAAGCCAAUUUCCUAAAACAGGGUAAUAUUUUAACACAAUUAAGAGAUUUACCUCUAAGUUUCCCAUUCUUGUAGGGGAAGAAGGGUUUGUAUCAAAGAGAUGGACUCCAGAGGUUUCAUGCAAUUUCUAUUUGGUUUCUGGUUGGUGUUUCUGAAUUGAAAGUUUUGAAUAUAAUGGCACUUGUUCUAAUAAAUAACAUGUUAAAGGCUAACAGCAGUCUUACUUUGUUAAUGAGGUCUGGAAUUUGCACAUCUGGCUCCAUUUCCAUUGCAACAGGAAGUUUCACUCCAUCAUUACUGCAUUGUUUAGUUUAUCAUUUAAACACGAGAAAUGUGUUAAGCGUUGAUUCAUUUUGAUGCUACAUUCACAGUUUUACACGGCCUUGUUUCUAAUGACGGUAACACGGCCCCCAGGACAUUCACUUUGUAAUUGAACCUUUGACAAAUUGCUCUGAGCAUUUGGAUUUGAUACACUUUGAAGCACGAUGUCUUUUAAUUUUGUACAUGGUGUAAAAUGCAAAUAUUGUAAAAAGUGUGUAGAAAAACUCAGAAUUAAUAAAGAAUGCAUUUCUUUA